CAUAAAUAUCCCUGUUAACAUUAACUGAAUCACCUCUGGGUAGAGAAAGCAAACUGUGUAUGCACAGCCCAGCAAAGAGCAGCACACAGCUGAAAGAAAAACUCAGACGACAGAGUUGAAAAAGAAAACUGGUGAUGGAUCUCAUUCCAAACUUUGCCAUGGAAACAUGGGUUCUCGUGGCUACCAGCUUGGUACUCCUCUAUAUUUAUGGGACUCAUUCACAUACACUUUUUAAGAAGCUGGGAAUUCCUGGGCCAACCCCUCUGCCUUUCCUGGGAACUAUUUUGUUCUACCUUAGGGGUCUUUGGAAAUUUGACAGAGAAUGUAAUGAAAAAUAUGGAGAAAUGUGGGGGCUAUAUGAGGGACAACAGCCCAUGCUGGUCAUCAUGGAUCCCGACAUGAUCAAAACAGUGCUAGUGAAAGAAUGUUACUCUGUCUUCACAAACCGGAUGCCUUUAGGUCCAAUGGGAUUUAUGAAAAGUGCCUUAAGUUUUGCUGAAGAUGAAGAAUGGAAGAGAAUACGAACAUUGCUAUCUCCAGCUUUCACCAGUGUAAAAUUCAAGGAAAUGGUCCCCAUCAUUUCCCAGUGUGGAGAUAUGUUGGUGAGAAGCCUGAGGCGGGAAGCAGAGAACAGCAAGCCCACCAACUUGAAAGAUUUCUUUGGGGCCUACACCAUGGAUGUAAUCACUGGCACAUUGUUUGGAGUGAACUUGGAUUCCCUCAACAACCCACAAGAUCCCUUUCUGAAAAAUAUGAAGAAGCUUUUAAAAUUGGAUUUUUUGGAUCCCUUUUUACUCUCGAUAUCACUCUUUCCAUUUCUUACCCCAGUUUUUGAAGUCCUAAAUAUCGGUUUGUUUCCAAAAGAUGUUACCCGUUUUUUAAAAAAUUCCAUUGAAAGGAUGAAAGAAAGUCGUCUCAAAGAUAAACAAAAGCACCGAGUGGAUUUCUUUCAACAGAUGAUUGACUCCCAGAAUUCCAAAGAAACAAAGUCCCAUAAAGCUCUGUCUGAUCUGGAGCUUGUGGCCCAGUCAAUUAUCAUUAUUUUUGCUGCCUAUGACACAACUAGCACCACUCUCCCCUUCAUUAUGUAUGAACUGGCCACUCACCCUGAUGUCCAGCAGAAACUGCAGGAGGAGAUUGACGCAGUUUUCCCCAUUAAGGCACCUGUCACCUACGAUGCCCUGGUACAGAUGGAGUACCUUGACAUAGUGGUGAAUGAAACGCUCAGAUUAUUCCCAGUUGUUAGUAGAGUUACAAGAGUCUGCAAAAAAGAUAUUGAAAUCAAUGGGGUGUUCAUUCCCAAAGGGUUAGCAGUCAUGGUUCCAAUCUACGCUCUUCACCAUGACCCAAAGUACUGGACAGAGCCUGAGAAGUUCUGCCCUGAAAGGUUCAGUAAGAAGAACAAGGACAGCAUAGAUCCUUACAGAUACAUACCUUUUGGAGCUGGACCCCGAAACUGCAUUGGCAUGAGGUUUGCUCUCACAAACAUAAAACUAGCUGUCAUUAAAGCACUGCAGAACUUCUCCUUCAAACCUUGUGAAGAAACUCAGAUCCCACUGAAAUUAAACAAUCUACCAAUUCUUCAACCAGAAAAACCUAUUGUUUUAAAAGUGCACUUAAGAGAUGGGAUUACAAGUGGACCCUGACUUUCCCUAAGGACUUCCACUUUCUUCAAGAAAGCUGUAUCCCAGAACACCAAACACUUCAAAUUGCUUUGUGAAUAAAACUCAGAAAUGAAGAUGAGCUUAACCUAGUGUACUGGGUGAAUAAUUAGAAAUUAUCUACAUUCAUUGAGCUCUCAUUGUCUGCAUAGAGUAUUACACAUUGCAUACUGUGAAGGAGGUGACAAAUCAGUGCCAAAUAAGUACAGUCAUCUUCUCUAUUUCUCAUAAGACUAUGUCCUCGCCACCUACAGUUAGUACCCUCAGGUCCUCCUGAGCUCUGAUCAGAGAAUAAACUUUUCUCUACAAUUUUACCAAUAAUUUUUCAUGAAAAGGAAAAUUAUAGUUAUGAUUCUUAUAGUGACAUUUAUAUUACAUGCUCUAUUUGUGAUAUUCUAUAGUAAGUAUUAUAUUGAGAAAGUCAAUAAACACCUCUUUACAAAACUGUUAUCUGAUGUCUUCCUGCAUAUUAAGGAUGAAUCUACAGAAUUAGAUCAAUGAGAUCAACAACUAAAUAUUUUUGGUCAUUACAAUUGCUGGUUCUAUGGGGCCUUUUACAGAACUCUAACUUGAUUAUUAAUCUAGGUGUGAGUUAAA